ACAUCAAUAAAUACAUAUGAUGGAUCAACGCAUUUUCUAAGAUUUUUGCGUCAAAGCUUUUUUACAAUGCUACAUAUUUUCUCCUAAAGUCUUGUAUGCAGAUAAGUAAGUACUUAUACUCAUAUUUAGCAAGCUCCAUUUUUUGAAAUGUUUAGCUAAGUAACAAUUCUAGCAAUUUGUAUUGUUCCCCACGCGUAAAUAUUCUAAUUAAUGUAUGUAUUAAUUAUGUAUUAAUUAUGUAUUAAUUAUGUAUUAAUUAUGUAUCCAGCGUGUUUAACUGGCUGUUUUGGUCAGUGCACGAGGUUCCACGUGCCCAAACCAUUGCUCCCCAAAAAACACGAAGAAUCGUGUCCAACCAAGGUGGCCCCGUUGGAUAAGGUGGGGUCAUUUUUGCACUCUUCCUAAAAUUGUUACCAGAUUAUUACCAGACUAUACAAGUAUGUGAAAUCACUUCUCGUCCACCAUUUAAAAAAAUCCGAUUUGACAGCAUUUCGACAGGUUUAUAAACUACUUUACAUAUACAUAGUUCGCAUAUUUUGUAUAUUUGUCAAUUAUAACCCACAAGCCCUCCCGUUAAGUUAUUUACGUAAUGACGUACGGCCUUCCAAAAUAUGCUGACGUCCUCUCUCUUUCCCUUCAUUGACGCAUUAUAAAUAAACAAUGGACUCAUAAAAUGCAAAAAAUUAGAUUUACAAAAGUUAUACAAAAUCACAAUUUUCUACCACUCUCAGUUCUCCAGUUCCAGUUAGAAAAAAUAAUCUCCAAAAUUCCUACUUUCGCAUCCCCAUAAAUAUUCUCAAUUUUUUCAAAGGCGAAACGGUACUUGCAAAUACAAUGGGAACAUUUGCAAAUUUUUCCGUCGCCAUUAUGAUGAUCCUGGUGGUGGCGUCACCCCUCGUUUUCGGAGGGACCAACGACACCACUUGCAAUUGCAAGCCCAAGGUCAAAGAAUCCAAAUUAAUCUGUGGAGGAAAGCUGAACAAGGAGAUGGGUGGGGUCAAAUGCAAGGAUCGUGGCAUCUACGAAUGUGGUGGGGCAGUCGGCACGGUCGUGGCGGCCAAGUACCAGUCGAGCUGCGGAACCGCGCUCUGUCUCUCCGACGGGAACAAAUGGGGCGCGGCGCCGGGGUGCAAUUUUUGCAGUGAUGAGGAUGGCAGCUGCCCUACGGCAGAUGAAUAAGGGUCUUAAACCUUUCCUCAUCUCCCCCCGAAUCAUUUUCAGAAUGGGUCGAACAUAAUAAUUCAGUUAGUUUAUCGUCUUGUGAGACGUUACAAAUUAUCUGAUCUUCACGGAUUCAAGUAAAAGUUUUCAGCAUUAAAUAAAGUGGUGUUAUGUUAUUUAUUUGCCGUACCUUUAACUUAUUUAAGUCCAUAUUUAGGAAUGGUGCUAUCUUUAAUUGAUGAGAGCAACCUAUUUAUGGGAGAGUUCAUAAAAAAUGGUUCUGUCGUAACAUUUAUGACAAUGACUAUGCACCCUAAAUUAAGGCCAUGCUCACUUCUCCAUUAAUUUAAUUAAUACGAGGAACAUCUUGUCUUGAACAUGACGUUAGAUUUCCAAAAGUAGGAAUUAUGCUCAAUUAAAAUUUUUGGGAAGAAAGAUUACUCACUCCAAAAAUCAAUUAUCUUACUAUUCUGCAUUCUACAUACAUUAUGCGUGGUUUACGUGUUUAAUUGUGCCGUUAACUUUAUUUUUUUACGCAAUGAAUAGAUGACUCAAUGCAGUAUAUUGACUGCAGAUUCUCUGCAGUCAAUGCGGUAUCCCUGUAUUUAUUUAUUAACAAGGAAUGACUAAAGUUUUCCAGAUUAUUUUUAUCUUUAUUUUUCAAUCCUGUUAAAACGAGACAUAAAUUGUUAAUCAGGUGAAAAUCUGUAUUUAAAAAUAAAUUUUUUCUUUAAUGUUCCCCACUGAAGUAAUUACGAGCAGUGCCCGACACACCCGGCAG